CCAAAGGCAAAGGCAACAGUGUCUCCUUAAAAACAUCCCAAAUAAAGGCCAACCAUCCUAGAUUGAUCCCCCGCCUUCUCUCUCUCUCUCUCUCUCUCCCACCCAUUGGUGUACAAAAAUUCAACCUCAGUUCCUCCCAUCUCAUUCAACUCUCUCUCUCUGUCUCUCUCUCUCUCCAAUGGAAGGGACACUCUUCCCAAACAGGCCAUGCUUCCCAAUCCAACCAACAAAGCCAACACAAUCAAAUCCACGUUUGAAAUUCAACCCAAAAACUCUGACUCUCCCUCCUCAACCUCCAGCCCCUCCAUCAUUUCCUCUGGAUUCUCUCCUUCAACAUCUUCUCUACCUCUCUUCACACCCACCCAACUCUACCCACAACCCCAAACUCAUCAAAUCACUCCAAACCAGCAACACCCAUUUCACUACUCUUGAUGUCUCUUCAGAUUCCCAAGAUAAACAACCAUACCACCAUCUCAACAACUCCAAUUUCAUUUCAUUGCCAGUACUUGAAAACAACAAACAAGGGGUUGUUCAAUCAGCUGAUGAUGGUGCACUUAAUUUUCUGCCCCUGAGGUGUAAGUUCAUGCUCAAUUCUAUCCUACAACUGCCUGUAUCUAGUUUGAAUGCUUUCUUUGAUUCUGCUAAGUUUGAGUUAUUUGAAAUUGAUUUGGUCAGUCUCUUGAAAGGUUUAGACCUUUCUGGCAAUUGGGAAAUGGCUGUCUUGUUGUUUGAAUGGGUUUUGUUGAACUUUAAUUCCCUGAACAUCAAAUUGGACAACCAGGUUAUUGAAUUAAUGGUUAGGAUUCUCGGGAGAGAGUCUCAGCAUUCGAUUGCAUCGCAACUGUUCGAUGAAAUUCCCAUUAAGGACUAUUUGCUUGAUGUCCGAGCAUAUACUACUAUUCUUCAUGCUUAUUCUCGUACUGGGAAGUUUGGGAGGGCAAUUUCUUUAUUUGAACAUAUGAAUGAGAAAGGGCUUGCACCAACUUUGGUUACUUACAAUGUCAUGCUGGAUGUUUAUGGGAAGAUGGGUCGGUCUUGGAAUAAAAUUUUAAGCCUUUUGGAUGAGAUGAGAAUCAGAGGACUUGAGUUUGAUGAGUUUACUUGCAGCACUGUGAUAUCUGCUUGUGGGAGAGAAGGGUUGUUGAAGGAAGCAAAAAGCUUUUUUGCUGAUUUGAAGUCUCAGGGUUAUGUACCAGGAACAGUCAGUUAUAAUUCUCUGCUCCAAGUAUUUGGGAAGGCGGGGAAUUAUUCAGAAGCUUUAAGUGUUUUGAAAGAAAUGGAGGAAAAUAACUGCCCACCUGAUUCGGUGACUUACAAUGAGCUUGUCGCAGCAUACUUGAGAGCAGGAUUUCACGAGGAAGGAGCUACACUCAUUGACACAAUGACCCGUAAGGGUAUAAUGCCCAAUGCUGUUACAUAUACAACUGUAAUAGAUGCCUAUGGAAAAGCUGGGAAGGCGGACAAGGCUUUGAGUCUGUUCAACCGGAUGAAGGAAUUGGGUUGUGUUCCUAAUGUGUGUACUUACAAUGCCAUCCUUGGAAUGCUAGGGAAGAAGAAAUCACGAUCAGAAGAGAUGAUGGGGAUUCUAUGUGAUAUGAAGUCAAAUGGAUGUGCCCCUAAUCGUAUUACAUGGAAUACUAUACUUGCCAUGUGUGGUAAUAGAGGGAUGCACAAAUAUGUGAACCGGGUUUUUCGUGAGAUGAAGAGCUGUGGUUUUGAGCCUGAUAGAGACACAUUUAAUACAUUGAUAAGUGCAUAUGGCAGGUGCGGGACGGGAAUUGAUGCUGCAAAAAUGUAUGAUGAGAUGAUUAAAGCAGGGUUUACUCCAUGUGUUACAACUUACAAUGCGCUUCUAAAUGCACUGUCUAGGCGAGGUGACUGGAAAGCGGCUGAAUCGGUUAUUCUAGACAUGAGAAACAAGGGGUUUAAACCCAGUGAGACCUCAUACUCAUUGAUGCUCCAUUGUUAUGCAAAGGGAGGACACGUGAGGGGGAUAGAAAGAAUUGCACAUGCUAUUUAUACUGGUCAUAUCUUUCCUAGUUGGAUGCUUUUGAGAACCCUAGUUCUUUCAAAUUUCAAGUGCAGGUCACUGAUGGGUAUGGAGAGAGCAUUUCUGGAACUGCAAAAGAAUGGAUACAAACCUGAUUUGGUUUUAUUCAAUUCCAUGCUUUCAAUUUUUGCAAGGAACAAGAUGUUUGAUCGUGCCCAUGAGAUGAUGCAGUUGAUUCAGGAGAGCGGGUUGAAGCCGGAUAUUGUGACCUAUAAUAGCUUGAUAGACAUGUAUGCCACAGCCGGGGAUUGUUGGAAAGCAGAAGAAAUCCUCAAAGGAAUACAAAAAUCCGGUGGAAAACCAGACCUUGUGUCUUACAACACCGUCAUCAAAGGGUUUUGCAGGCAAGGACUCAUGCAGGAGGCUAUAAGAACUCUCUCGGAGAUGACAACUAGGGGGAUCAGACCAUGCAUUGUCACCUUCAAUACAUUUGUGGCAGGCUAUGCAGGGCAGGGAUUUUUCACUGAAGUAAGUGACGUGAUCAGUUACAUGAUUCAGCACAAUUGUAGACCCAAUGAGCUAACCUACAAGACAGUUGUGGAUGGUUAUUGUAAAGCAAUGAAGUACAAAGAAGCCAUGGACUUCGUGUCAAAAAUUAGGGAAACAGAUAAAUCCUUUGAUGAACUAUCUUUGCAGAGACUUGCAUCUUGUGUUACGGAGCAUAUGGAGUCAUGAAUUGAUGGAGCAACCCUUUUGGAUUGAUGUUGUUUAUUACUCAGCAUCUAAAGUGCAGAUUGAUCAUGACAGAAUUUUAAUCUGCUUCCAGCAUCAGGAUUAGUUUGUGAUAUAUUUUCCAGUAAGUCUCCGUGCUAGUUUUGUGUAAAUUUUUAUGGACUAAUAGAUCAGAUCUGUCUUGGGUGAUCUUUCUAUCAGUGGUUAAGAUCAAUGGGGCCUUAAAUCUGAAGAAGUGAUGACAAGAGAACAGGAAUGAGAUAUUUUUCUCACUCUGACAUUGCCUUUUGAUACUUUAUAAUUGAUGGUUAGCAGGGCUUGCCUCUCGCUACGGGUUAGUCAUCAUAAGUUUUUCCAAACCAGGUGCAUGCAUUGAUUGUAUGUAACAAUUGGAGAUUACCUCAGCUUAUUACCAUUGUCUAUAACUACUGGAGUUUACUGGGUUUGUGUUUUUGUAGCAGUAUCCAAGGCAUUUUCCAUUUGAAAUUUUUGUUAAUUCCUACAUUUGACUCGUCGGAACAGAGUAUUUAGGGAGUUCAAUCAUGUAUAAUGUUUUCUGAAACUCUUGCAAAAGAAUACUGUUUAGGAUUUCCAUACUUAGUUGUUCUACAAUUAUUCUUUCAAAUUUUGGUCUACAUAAAAGCCUGAGUGGGUAGAUUUAACA